UAUGGCCGCGCCGGCUGUGGCGGAGGCCCAUGCGCGCCGCGGCGGGCCGGCACGCGCGUGCCGCGGCGGGCGGCGGCCAUGGCGCCGGCGGCCUGCGCGGGGCCAUGCGGGUGGCAGCCUGCGCGUGGCCAUGCAGGCGGCGCUCCUCGUCCCAUCCUCCCGCGCCCUCCCAUGGCGGCGGCGGAGGCGAGCAGGGGCGGCGUGGAGCAGAGCGUGUCAAGGUAGCAGCUGCGGCCGGUGGAGCUCGCAACCGCGAGCGUGGAGCAGAGCGUGUCAAGGUAGCAGCUGCGGCGGCGGCGGACGCGUGGUGGGGCGGGGCGGGGCGGCGAGCGGACGGAGCGGCGGCCGGCGGUUCUCCUGGCGCCAACGGAGGUCGGGCCGCGCGGACCCCACGACGUAGCGCUCCUCCUCUACCUCCGCUGGAUGUAGCGGAUCGGGAGGCCUCCGCUAUCUUAGCGUACCGCAUAGCGGACGCUGGUGCGGAGCUUUUUCCGCUAUACCCGUCCUGGAGGAUGGGGUAGCGGUGCCGCUGCGCACAGCCUCAGAGCGGCGGCGGCCUUCUUCCCCGGUGAGCGCGGGAUCCUUUUGGGGCGGCGACGCGAGCCCUCGAGGGGGCGCCUGGCGUGCGGGUCGUUGGAUCUGUUUUGGAGGGCUGAGAUGCAGCCAAUGUCCCACCGUGACAUCCUAACCCAAUGUCACCCAAUCUGGAUCCCCAAUCACUCCCCUCCACCCUUCUUCCCUCAUUCCCUGGCGGCGACGGCUGGGCGAGCGGCGCCGCCCUUCGCCGGCGACGACCACCCACCAGGUGCUCUUUGCUGUCUAUCAUGUGCUGGGAAAUGAGGCCGCAGCUCGGGACGACGCGGCGCGCCAUCUGGAGAAGCUGGCCCGUCCUAUGUUCACACCACAAGCUGUCCACAUCUUCCCACUCCGCAAACAAGGUCGCCAUGGCCACCGCCUCCCCGCCACCAGCCGAGAAGAUGAGGAACAAGGGCACGGUCAUUGUCAUCUCAGGCCCGACCGGCGCCGGGAAGAGCAGGCUCGCGCUGGAGGUGGCCAGGAGGCUCGGAGGCGAGAUCAUCAGCGCCGACUCCGUCCAAGUCUACCGCGGCCUCGACGUCGGGUCCGCCAAGCCGUCCGCGGCGGAGAUGGGCGCGGUGCCGCACCACUUGAUCGACAUACUGGACACCACCGACGAUUACUCCGCCGGGGCCUUCUUCCGGGAUGCCCGCAGAGCGACGCAGCAUGUCCUUGACAGGGGCCGCGUGCCCGUCGUCGCGGGAGGGACCGGGCUCUACCUGCGGUGGUACAUCUACGGCAAGCCAGAUGUUCCGCAAUCCUCCAUGGACACUACUUCCGCUGUGUGGUCUGAGCUCAUCGGUUUCAGGGAGAGCGGCCAGUGGGAGGAAGCGGUGGAGCUAGUGGUCCAGGCUGGCGACCCCAAAGCUCUGGACUUGUCCGUGAAUAACUGGAAUAGGUUGAGUCGCAGGCUCGAGAUUAUCAGGUCAUCAGGCUCCCCUCUGUCUGCCUUCACCUUACCGUACAAUUCGUUUCAUGAACAUCAAGUUGACGCCAAGCUAACCGAGGUCUCCGCUGACGGAAAUUGUGAAACCGGGAAGCUGGAUUACGACUUCUUCUGUAUUUUCCUUGCAAGUUCACGCGUUGAGCUGUACCGGUCAAUUGAUCUGAGGUGUGAAGAGAUGCUGGCUGACACAGGAGGCUUACUUUCAGAAGCGUCGUGGCUGCUUGAUAUCGGUCUGCAUCCGCACAUUAACUCUGCAACUCGUGCCAUUGGUUACAAGCAAACCAUGGAGUACCUGCUGCAAUGUAGGCAGAAUGGUGGCGAGAGCACCCCACAGGAAUUCCUCCAGUUCCUGGCCAAAUUUAAGAGUACAUCUAGGAACUUCGCAAAGAGGCAGAUUACCUGGUUCCGCAAUGAGAUGAUCUACCAGUGGGUCAAUGCUUCACAGCCCUUCGAGGAAGUUGUUCAAUUUAUUUGUGAUGCUUACCAUGACCGUGGUGCAAGGGUGGUUCCUGAAUCACUUGAAAUGAAAAGGGAAAGUUGCAUGCAUAAAGCCUGUGAUCUCAAAACCUAUCGCUCAGAGAACAGGGUGUUCCGUGGGGAUGACGACUGCUCUCAUAUUUUGGAUUGGAUUAGGAGAACACAGCGGAAAUGAGGAUGAGAUGGCAGAGCACCUGCCAUUUUUUCCCUCAAAGGGGAAAAAAAAGUAUACCUGAAGAUAUUGGUUAUAGAGUCAACAAGUCAACUGUGUAUUGGUUGCAAAUGGUAUUUGUGUUAUUUUGAGCCUCAAAAUUUUACCCCAAGUUUGCUGCUGGCUGCAGGCUGCUGCUAGGUAAAUAAACUCAUUUGGGAUCAAACAUAAUAUACUCAACACUCUAUAACAUGAAUAAAUUAUGUGUUUUGUUCUUUGGUGCUGGAUUAGCCCCAUGUAUCCAUGACUAAUCUACUUCCUCUAGCUGUUUUUGCCCACAGCUGAAAGAAUUCUAUAUACCUACUUGUUUCUGACAACCAGCUAGAGGAGACUGUGACUCUCAGUACCAGCCUGGUGAGGAGUCUCCUGCAACCACUCUCCUUAAGGUGCACCUUAAGGACAACUCAGUUUCCAAGGAUCUCUAUGUUUGUCAGAGUAGCAAUGAUCUUUGAUUGAUAGCUUUAAUCAUUAUAUAUGGAUAUUUUGCAGCAGAGUGCCUUUGUAAAUUCAUCUAGGUUACUUCUUAAUGUGUCAAUUUCAAUUAUCAGGCAAUAAGUGCCUCUAGUUUACAGUGCAAUUGUGAUUUUACCCUCAUGUUUCUUAACUUUGUGAUUUUACCCUUACUCUUCACAAGUCAACAUGAUUAUGCCCCUGGUCAAUGCGAUUUUGCCCCCAAGUGAACGGUCCAAACAGGGGCAAAAUCGUGUUGAAUAGGGGCAAAAUCACAUUAACUUGUGAAUAGCAAGGGCAAAAUCACAAAGAACUCCAAUUUCUCAUGUUUGAUCCACGACAUCCAAUGGUUAUGAAAGAUCUCUAUUAGUUAUGCUGUGCAAAAGCUUCACAGUAGACAGUAGACCUACUAUUUUUUCAUAUCCAUGUUACAGUGGCAUCUUAGUUUUUUCUCCCAUGUUUUCUAGAUAUAAAGUUUUGUUAAGUUGAGCAGAUAUCUCGGAAGAUCAUAAUUGGUCUCUCCAAAGACCUGGGGCCAUGGUGAGUGGUGUGUCCUGGUGAAAACCUCCUCUGUGCUGGGGCCAAAGAGCUGGAGGUGGAGCAGCUGGAGUGGAGAUGGUGUUGUGUUCUGAGCUACACUGCACACACCAUUUUUUCCCCUUUUUUAGCUGAUGAAGACUUGACUUUUUGUUUAACUGAGGAGAGAGCCUGCGAGCUCCAGAUUGCAACAACUAUACUCUUUCCUGAUGCAAUGCAAAACGGCUGAGGCUAAAAUCCUUGUAUAAUUCUGAAAAGAGAAAAAGAAAGGAACCCUAAAAAUGAUCAGAGACUGAUCUUUUGUGUUUAAUAACAGGAAGAUGUGAUGCUUUUGUA